CGACAGAAAAGGUUGCAGAGAAAUUAAGUUCAACUCUCUCAUGGGUGAAGAACACAGUGUCGCAUACUGUCACUCAAAUGGCUAGUCAGGUGGCAAGUCCAUCUGCUUCAUUACAUACUACAUCAUCAUCAACCUCUCUGUCUACACCAGUACUUUCGCCAUUAUCACCAACAGAGCUCAGUCCUGAUGAUCUAGAGCUACUUGCAAAAUUGGAAGAGCAAAACAGGCUUAUCGAAACAGACUGCAAGUCCUUAAAAUCAGUAAAUGGGUCAAGAAGAAAUAGUGGUUCCUCACUUGUAUCUAGCUCUUCUGCCUCCAGUAAUCUCAGUCAUCUAGAAGAAGAUUGUUGGAUCCUUUGGGGGAGAAUCGUCAAUGAUUGGGAAGAAGUACGCAAGAAGAAGGAAAAACAGCUCAAGGAACUUGUUCGUAAAGGUAUACCUCAUCAUUUCAGAGGGAUUGUAUGGCAAUUGUUAUGUAAUGCCCAGAGUAUGCCAAUCAAGGACCAGUAUUCUGAACUUUUGAAGAUGACUUCUCCUUCUGAAAAACUUAUUAAGAGAGACAUUGCUAGAACAUAUCCAGAGCAUGAUUUUUUUAAAGAAAAGGACAGUCUUGGUCAGGAAGUUUUAUUUAAUGUAAUGAAGGCUUAUUCCUUAGUAGACCGUGAAGUUGGAUACUGCCAAGGAAGUGCUUUUAUAGUUGGACUUCUUCUUAUGCAGAUGCCAGAGGAAGAAGCUUUCUGUGUGUUUGUAAAGCUGAUGCAGGAUUAUCGCCUUAGAGAACUCUUCAAACCGAGCAUGGCUGAGUUGGGUCUUUGCAUGUAUCAGUUUGAAUGUAUGAUACAGGGUCUAGAAGUAGUGUUUCGAAUAGGAUUUGCAAUUCUGCAGAUGAAUCAGGUGGAAUUAAUGCAGCUUGACAUGGAAGGAAUGUUGCAGCAUUUUCAAAAAGUCAUUCCUUAUCAGUUUGAGAGUGGCCCAGACAAGUUGAUUCAAACAGCCUAUCAAGUCAAAUACAAUGCUAAAAAGAUGAAAAAGCUGGAAAAAGAAUACACUACAAUAAAAACUAAAGAAAUGGAAGAACAAGUAGAAAUUAAGAGGUUACGCACAGAAAACAGACUUCUAAAGCAACGUAUUGAAACUUUAGAAAAAGAAAGUGCUUCCUUGGCAGAUAGAUUGAUCCAGGGACAAGUGACAAGGGCACAGGAAGCUGAGGAAAACUAUCUGAUUAAGAGAGAGCUGGCCACCGUAAAACAGCAGAGUGAUGAGGCCAGUACUGAGUUGGAGCAAGCUCACAAUACCAUCCGGGAGCUCCGGCAACAGCAGCAAUGGCAUAAAAACAGUUCACGGUACACUGAGGAAUUUGUACUACAGCUGGAAAAAGAAUUGGUGCAGGCCAGACUGAAAGACGCUGAAUCACAGUGUGCUCUGAAAGAAAUGCAGGACAAGAUUUUAGAGAUGGAAAAGAGAAACAACUCCCUUCCUGAUGAAAACAAUGUUGCCAGACUUCAAGAAGAAUUAAUAGCAGUUAAGUUGAGAGAAGCAGAAGCAUUAGUGGCACUUAAAGAGCUUCGGCAACAAGUGAGAGAUUUAGAAGAGCAUUGGCAGCGCCACUUAGCACGUACUACUGGAAGGUGGAAAGAAUCUCCUAAAAAGAAUGCAAUCAGUGAAUUACAGGAUGAAUUAAUGACUGUGCGCCUUAGAGAAGCUGAAUCACAGGCUGGUCUGAAGGAAAUGAAACAGAGAAUGCUGGAAAUGGAAACACAGAACCAGAUCAAUAGCAACCAUCUGCGCAGGGCAGAGCAAGAGAUCACCUGCCUACAAGAUAAGUUACAGUUUCUCAAUGCACAGAAUAAAGCAUUACUCUCUCAACUUAAUGAAACAAAACGCAAGCAAGCAGAAAUUGAAUGCAAGAGUAAAGAAGAAGUGAUGGCAGUAAGACUUCGAGAAGCAGACAGUAUGGCGGCAGUAGCUGAACUCCGACAACAUAUAGCCGAAUUAGAAAUUCAGAAAGAGGAAGGUAAAAUUCAAGGGCAGCUCAACAAUUCAGACUCCAACCAGUAUAUUAGAGAACUGAAGGAUCAGAUAUCAGAGCUGAAACAUGAGAUCAGAUGUCUAAAAGGCGAGAGAGGCUUCUCAGACCAACGCACUUUUGAUGGCAUUCACAUUGUCAACCAUUUGAUAGGAGAUGAUGAAUCAUUUCAUUCCUCAGAUGAAGAUAUUUUAUGCAGUGCAAUUGCCAAGGGUGGUAUUUGUUAUGAUCACCUGAGAAGACGUGUUCGAAUGGGCUUGGACUCUGCAGCUGUGGACACUAGUGACAGUGAAGAUAAUACAUCCGACACUGGCAUUUCUAGCCAGAUCAGUAGUCCAAAUCGGAACAAUCAGAAGAGUACAGAGUCUUAUUCCACUACUGUUUGACCAUUGCCACUGUGAUCAGCCUUAUUCUUAAUUGGUCUUCUGUCUUUUGCAGGUCAAACAGUUGCUUCUCUUACUUGCAGUUAGUAAUAAAGGGUUUAAACUUAGUCAUGGAAUGAGGAUAUUUUAUAUAACACUCGCUCAUAAAAUGAACCAGUGGUGCAUGUCUUCAGCCUUUGCCAAAUUUUUUGCUGUUGCUGUGUCUUUGACAUGCAGUACACUGGAGAAUGGACAGAAAAGUGAGAGAAAAAUAUUAACAGUAUUAUAUAAAUUAGCCUUUGUAAAAUGUCCCUUCUUUAAGUAUAGACUUAUAUAAUUUAUUUGAGCUUUUUGUACAUGUGAAAAAUAAACUUUUCUGAGAUAUUCAUGCAGGUGGGUGACUGCAUGACCAUAUUACAUCACAAAGAAAAUGAGUUGUGCAAUAUGUUUUAUGCCUGGUGAACAAAUUACAUUUUAUUUUUUAAUAUGUGCAUUCUUAAGGACAGAAUUUUGAUGUCGGUGGCUGUCUAAGCUGCAGCUGAUGAUCAUAAGUCGCAUUUGCCUAAAAGAACCUUCCAAAUCACAUGGAGGAAUGCAUAUGAAUUUGUAAUACUGCAACUUUCAAAACCUGUAUAUUGCACAAAUAUUGUGGUACUUUGAGUUCACAUCAUAAGAAAUAUGUAGAUAUAUAGUUAACAUUCUAAACACAUUUGUCAGUUGGUGAAAUAGCUGUCCCCAGAAUUUUAGAUUUUAUUAUUUUAUGUCUUUCAAGCUUUAACUAUGUUGCUAGCAAAAUUGUUAAAAGUAGUCUUGUAGCAGUGAUAUAAUGUGGUGAUGUUUAAUUUUAUUUUGUAUAUAUAUUGUUUCAUAUUGAUUUGAAAAUGCUGUUUGUAUUAUCUUUAUGUUUUAAAUGGAAUGCAGAUGUUUCACCAUCAGCGUGGUUCUGCCAUUCUAGCUGAAAACAAGGGGAACUGUCCUUCAUACAUACGUGGUUAGUAUGGGUUGCAAAAACAAGUGGCAAAAACACUAUAUAUAAAUAUAUACUAAGCCUUAUUAUUUUUCCAAAACAUAUUUAUAGAUUUGGUUGGCUGUUAACACUAGCCAUGUCAUGUCACUAACUCAAAUGCUUGUACAAAAACACUAUUGAUGGAAUUCUUUUUAAAAGACAUAUGUCAUAAUAAAUCUUUCAUUAUUUAAAA